AUGUCUAGUGAAGAAACAAAGGCUACUGAAGCUACUGCUACUCCCGUUACUGCUGCUGCUCCUUCUGCUGCUGCCGAUGCUCCUGCUCCUGCUGCUGAGAAAUCCGCCGAUGCUGCUGAGAAGAAGGAGGAGAAGGCUGCUGGUCCACAAAUCGAUGCCAAUGGUAUGCAGACCAACUACGACAAGAUCGCAUACAGCUUUGAUGAUUUGAAGUUGAAACCAGAGAUCUUGAGAGGCAUCUUCGCUUAUGGUUACGAACACCCAUCUGCCAUUCAGCAGAGAGCUAUUUUGCCAAUUAUUGAGGGUCGUGAUGUUCUUGCCCAAGCCCAGUCUGGUACUGGUAAGACUGCCACCUUCACCAUUGCUGCUUUGCAAAACAUUGAUGAGAAGAAGAAGGAGACCCAGGCUUUGAUUAUGGCUCCAACCAGAGAGUUGGCCCUUCAGAUCCAGAAGGUCGUUUUGGCCAUCGGAUUGCAUCUGAAUGUUUCUGUUCAUGCUUCUAUCGGUGGUAAGGCCGUUUCCGAGGAUAUUGAGGCUCUUAAGCAGGGUGCUCAGAUCGUUGUCGGUACCCCAGGUAGAGUUUAUGAUAUGAUUGAGAGAGGUUUCUUCAGAACCGAGGGUGUCAAGAUGUUCAUUAUGGAUGAGGCCGAUGAGAUGUUAUCUUCUGGUUUCAAGGAACAGAUUUACAACGUCUUCAAGUUCUUGCCUAAGGAAGUCCAGGUCGUUUUGUUGUCUGCUACUAUGCCUCAGGAUGUCUUGGAGGUUACUUCUACAUUCAUGAGAAACCCAAUUAGAAUUCUUGUGAAAAAGGACGAAUUGACCUUGGAAGGUAUCAAGCAGUACUUCGUCGAUGUUGAUGCCGAGCAGUAUAAGUUUGACUGCUUGUGCGAUUUGUACGAUGCUAUCUCCGUUACACAAGCCGUUAUUUUCUGUAACACUAGAAGAAAGGUUGAGGAGCUUACCCAAAAAUUGACUGAGAACAACUUCACUGUGUCCGCAAUUCACGCUGAUCUUACUCAGGAGGAGAGAGACACGAUCAUGACCGAGUUCAGAACUGGAUCUUCUAGAAUUUUAAUCUCCACUGACCUUUUGGCCAGAGGUAUCGAUGUUCAGCAGGUUUCUUUGGUUAUCAACUACGAUCUUCCAAAUAACAAGGAAAACUACAUUCACAGAAUUGGUAGAGGUGGUAGAUUUGGUCGUAAGGGUGUCGCUAUUAACCUUUUGACCAAGGAUGACAUUCCUGCUAUGAGAGAAAUUGAAAAGUUCUACUCUACCCAAGUUGUCGAGCUUCCAGCUAACAUCCGUGAGUUGUUCGACUAA